UUUGUAUGAAUUAAGACAAUAAUAUAUUGUGUAGAAAUAUAAACACUGUCGAUGCCUUAUUAAAUAGUAGCAUAAUAUCUUUAAUCAUAAAUAAUCAGCACGGUGAUAAUGUUUAUAAGCAAUGUAACUACACGAUAAGGGAUAGCAUAAGAGUUCGCCUGCAUUGAAUGAUGCUGUACUGAAGUGUUUUCAGUAAAUCUCCUCCCACUUUGGAUUGAUCUCAGAUGGCUUAGAAGAAACGAAGUAAGGGUAACUUCGCAAAUGCUGCAUAAUAAAUGAUGCUGCGUUCCAUGGAAUAUACUUUGGAGGAAGACGCUAACUUAGUGUGUUUUAAACUAGAUUAUUGAUUGCAUUUGAUGCCACAUCGUUCAAGGGAAUCACAAUGGCGAUGCUAACCAAUCUAAUGACAUGUAUGUCAUAUUUUACGUCCAAUGACAUCUUCAACCAAACACGAAUGAGGUGUGAUAACAUGGUGGCAGUAACAAAUUGGUUUAAAAGCCACGUGCCAUGUCCGCCCUUUUUCAUGCCUUUAACGGAAAUAAAGGCACAUGUAUCCCGUUUAGACCUGCCUAUUGAUGUUCAAAAUUAUAUGUUGACUGUUUGGCUCACCGGAGUCGCAUGGACAUCUCAAGAUCUUUCAACGUCAACUCAAUCGAACCACACGUCUUUUGCAAACACCACGCCUCUAGCAUCAUCCCCAUUUGCGACAUCGCCUGCACUUAAUAGGACAGACAUAAAAUGCAACAGUUCUUCCACAAUUGGUUAUGAAAUGUCCACAGAAGAAACUGUUACGAUGGUCAAUACUUCGUUUCAAAAUCCAGAAGACACGAUGUACGUCGAUAGUCUGGACAAUCAGGCAGGAACGAUAGCGGGCGUAUUGUUUGGCAUCCUGUGCCUUGUGAUAAUUGUGCUAGCUUAUAAAAUAAAUGGACACACACGAAACCGACACCAACAGGAUAGCCAUUUUACCGACCUACGCAUGCGUGGUGGCAUCGAUCUUCCUCAGUACGGCACACUCGAGGAUACGUAUACGGGUGUGCAUUUAAAAGACGUUGUAGGAGAUGAAAGAGAUAAAACUUCUUCAGGAAAAGAUAUCCCACUUUAACUUUUCAUCAAUAAAACGAUAAAUUCGCAUGUGGCAACAGGACUCGAACAGAGCUGGGCUUGUCGUUUGCAUUUGGGAACGUUAUAUACAUAUGUAUAUGAAACAACGUAUUUAUAAUUAAUUCAUCAAAUGCGGCUUAUUAUUUUAUUACAAAGUUUUUAUACACUAGUUUUUACUUCACAACUGUUUGUUUAGUCAAAUAAUUUAUCUCAGAGCUAUGCAUUUCACCUCUGUGCAUCAAUACGAAGUUUCGUACACAACCGUUGUAUUUUUUUUAACCAUAAUAUACUACGGACGCGAGAAAA